GGACUAGAAGACAGACCUCAGCAACCAUGGUGAACAUGCCGAAGGAACGCCGCACUUAUUGCAAGGGCAAGAAGUGCCAGAAGCACACGGUGCACAAGAUCACCCAGUACAAGGCCGGUAAGGCCUCCAAGUACGCCCAGGGUGCUCGUCGUUAUAACGACAAGCAGAAGGGUUUCGGUGGUCAGACCAAGCCCGUGUUCCACAAGAAGGCGAAGACCACCAAGAAGAUCACGCUGCGUAUGGAGUGCAAGGAGUGCAAGGUCAAGAAGCAGCUGCCCAUGAAGCGCACGAAGCACUUUGAGCUUGGUGAGAAGAAGAAAUCCGCUGGCCACCAGUACUAAGCGGAUAAGAGGUCUAGGCGGCUCGAAUAGCGGCGGCUGGUGCUAAGGUCUUCGACAGCGAUGUCUCUCUACGAUGGCCCGGGCUUGGAUUACAGGUGCAAUGACGCGAGAGGAGAUUGGACGAACAGUGGACGGCCAGUCGUGCUCGGUAGUGCCUCAAAUCAAAGCCAAGGUCGUAUUUUAGUCCUGAAAUCGUUC